UGUCAUCCCGAAUAAAAAAUAGGAUUGUUUUUCUAAAAUUUUAUUCCCAUUGCUGAUGCAACUGAUAAGAAAUUAAAGUUUAUAAAACGUUCCUGCAGUUUACAUUAAUUAGUUCUUAAAUUUUAACAUUUCUUUUUGAGAGAAAAUUUUUGAAUUACGAAUAGUGUUCACGUGUAAUUGAUACAUAACCCAUUCUUUCUGGAAAAUUUUAAAGAAAUAUUGAAUUAAUUUAAAAAACAUAUUUUUGAAUAUUAUAAAUGAAUUUCAAUGUGGAUAUGGAAAUUAAAAAAUGAAAUAAGAAACAAGUGGAUAUUCUUUAAAAUUGAAUAAGUGCUAAAUAACAAUAAUAAAAAGUUUGAAAUUUAUCCGAAUAAAAAAAACAGGUGACGAAAAAUAUGGCGACAAUGAAUGAGGCGAGACUAGACAUGUAUGAUGACGGGUCUUACUCGAUAGAUCCACAAAAUGUCGAAGGAGAUAUAACAGUUGGACCAAUGAGACAAAAUACAAAUAUUGAAGGCCCAGAAUUUAAUACAUUAGACGAACCUAUUAGGGAUACAAUUCUCAGAGAUGUGAGAGCGGUUGGAAUGAAAUUCUUUCUAGUGCUAUAUCCCAAAGAAAAGAAAAGUUUGCUCAAAGAAUGGGAUCUUUGGGGACCAUUAGUCUUAUGUACUUUCAUGGCAAUGAUAUUACAAGGGUCCACAGAAUCUGUAAAUUCGAAAGAUGGAGGACCUGAAUUCGCUGAAGUUUUUGUAAUAGUGUGGAUUGGAUCCAUGGUAGUCACAUUAAAUAGUAAAUUAUUAGGCAGUAAUAUAUCAUUCUUCCAGAGUGUGUGCGUUUUGGGAUAUUGUUUACUGCCAACAGCAAUAGCGCUGUUACUUUGCAGAAUUAUUUUAAUGGCCACUCAAAACAACUAUUUAUUUGUCAUCAGGUUCAUUAUUUCAAUGACUGGAUUCGGUUGGGCGACAUAUGCGUCAACUGCUUUUCUCGGCGACAGUCAACCAGAGGGAAGAAAAGGACUAGCAGUUUAUCCAAUUUUCCUCUUUUAUUUUGUAAUCUCAUGGCUCGUUAUUUCUCACACGACAUAAAAUUUCAAUUAGAAAAUUAAUGUUAUUCCAAAACAAAAAAAGAAA